AUGUUCGCCUCCAAGACCCUCCUCGGCCUGGCUACCGUCCAGGCUGUCUCUGCCCACUUCGGUCUUGUCUUCCCUACAUGGCGAGAUGAUACACUCAGCGAGAAGAACGAGGAAAAGUACAGCCAGUGGACUUAUCCUUGCGCUGGUGUCGACUACAACGAGAAGAACGUCACUGACUGGCCCCUCGAGGGUGGUUCUCUUACACUCGACCUCCACCACGACUGGACCUACGUCUUCGUCAACCUCGGUCUUGGCGAGAACACAACCAACUUCAACAUCUCCCUUACUCCCGAGUUCCUCAACGCCACCAACCCCGGCACUCUCUUCAUUGAGGAGCUCGCCCUGCCCUCAAGCGUCAAGGUCUCGGAUGGCGAUCUCGCCAGUAUCCAGGUCGUGACUGUCGGCGACAGCGGCAGCGCCCUCUACAACUGUGCGGACAUCCGCUUCAAGGAGAACGCAAAGGGACCCAGCAACAAGACCGGUGAUGUUGACUACGUGAUGAUCAAGCAGCAGGAUGGCAAUGGCACUGAUAGCGCUUCCAACUCUUCAUCUUCAGGAGAGGAGGGCGGUGACAAUGGUAGUGGAGCAGGUAUUUUGGGUGUGAACACGAUGGCUUUGACCUCUGUUGUAGGUUUCGCCGCCGCUUUUGCAAUGGGAUUCAGCCUAUAG